AUGGAAGACAAACCUCAGUCAUCAGAUUUACCAAUAUAUUCUUAUUAUCGUUCACAAACUCCGAGCGAAAGCUCCGUCGCAAGUUAUUAUAAUUCAACAGAAAUAUUCAACGCCAUCAUCCAGAACAAUGUAGGUCGCUUUAGAUCGUUACUAGAAGAAUCCAAUAUCGAAAUAAACCUGUUGAGAGAUGAAAAUGGCAUGUCACCGUUGAUGGUUGCCGCUUCCAAAAAUUGUCCAACUGUAGUCAGAUAUUUGAUGACUCUUGAAAAUCUUGACAUUGACUUGAAAGACAAUGACGGUGAGUCUGCCCUCUUUCAAGCUGCCUCGUCAGGAAACGUUGAGAUCGCAGAAAUUCUAAUUGGUUCUGGAGCAUUAGUCGAUUCCGAAAACAAGGGAGAACGUUCGACUCCUUUAAUCGUAGCUGCAUCUAAAGGCUAUGCAGGUGUAUGCCGCUUACUACUUGACCAUGGCAGAGCAAAUGUCAAUCAUCAAAACAGUGCACAAAGGACUGCGUUAGCACUCGCCGCAUACGGUGGCCAUUAUGCAGUCGUAGAGAUAUUGCUAUCGAGAGGAGCAGAUGUAAACAUAAUCGAUCAGGAAGGAUGGACAGCCCUCAUGCUCGCGGCCUUUGGAGGCUGGCCAGAAAUAUGUUACCUUUUGUUGGAAAAUAACGCAGACAAGCACAUAUCUACAAAAAAUGGCAAAAACGCAGUAUCAGUCGCUCUCGAUGCUGGCCGCAAAGAAGCAGCGUUGUUAAUAAAUGAUUACGUUCCAGAGCAGCCUUUAUCUCCUCUCUCUCCACAAUCACCAUGUUCACCAGCCGUUCCACCACAAUCAGCGUUCAUGCCCCCGGUCUCGCCGACAUCCCCACGUUUUCGUCGUUAUAGUAGGCAAACACAGUUCUUGGCCUCGAAUGUGCGUGCGCUAACGCUACAAAAGACAAAGUCUGACGUGUACCGACCACCAAGUCCCAAGGCUGAAGCAACAGCAGCAGAAGCAACAGAAGCAGCAACAGAAGCAGCAGCAGAAGCAGCAGCAACGAACGCACGACGGAUUGCAAUAAGACCGAAAAUACCUCGUGAGCCCAAACGCAGAAAGCCUGGCCAAGAUCCCAACUCACCUUGGGUCAUAUUCUCGUUGGUCGUCACCAGUUGCAUAUGUAAUUCAUGUCUACUUUCCGUUGGCAAGAUGAGUAAUCCAAAAGUUCGCCAGGCUUGGAGAGAAAAAGUUGCGUUGGUCUUCCUCAUAUUAGUGGCCUCGAUGAUCUCGGCGUUCCUGAGUUUCGCUCUAACGCCCAUCGCAUGCAACGAUAAAAAGACAGUGCACCAAUCGGAUGUUGUACGGCUAUUUGGACCCAAUUCACCUGGAACAAAGGCACACAUAGUACGCGGUCAGUUGUUCAACACGGGAACCUACUUUUCGAACGAGAGACAUCGACCGAUCGCUCCGUUUACCGAUGCCGACUUGAAUUCGACGAUAACGCCACUGUUUGGACAUGACAUUUCUGGAUUCUUUCCCCUGGAUUACAAGUCCAUCGGAUGCAGUCGUGCUCCCGUAAACGAUGGAUCAAUCUGCACACAAGCCGCUGCAGCGGGUAACACGAAACUCCAUUGCCACGUCUCGCAGACAUCACGAAACGAGCUCGAAAGCCUGUCCAUGAAAGUGUUUGUCGGAUUCAAUUGGGACGAUGUAACAGAAGGGGACCGUGACCUGUUUGCCUUCAACGGAGACGUCUAUGACGUGACGGAUUACUUGAACUCGACCAAUACGAAUCACUGGCUUGGCGACGAUGCGGUCACGGAAUGGAUCAGAGAUCUCGUCGGUCGAGAUGCGACGAUGGAUAUCGCACGCGAAAAUACAAACCUUGCCAAGUGUUUGCAACAUUUCAGAGUCGGUGUGAUUGAUGAUGGAACGUCCGCAAGCUGUUUCAUCGCCAGCGCGAUUUUGAGGAUGGUAACGAUUCUAUUCCUUGGCGCAACAUCGAUUAAAUUUGCCUUUGCCAGUUUGUUUGACUGGUACUUGGCGAAAAAAUUGUCCAUAAAACCUGACAUAAACGUUGCCAAUAACCAUAUCAUGAUGUUGGUCACUUGUUAUUCCGAAGGCGAAACCUCGAUAAGAUCUACUCUGGAUUCCUUGGCAAAUACGACGUAUCCCAACGACCACAAGCUAUUGUUCCUUAUCGCAGAUGGUGAUAUCACUGGCUCGGAAAACGACAGAUCGACGCCGCAGAUAUGCAAAGACUUGCUCGAGCCUCAGUUCCCAGGUGCUCCCGAGCCUGAGCCAUUAUCUUACAUUGCGACCGGCGACGAUAUCAAGCAGCAUAAUAUGGCACAAGUGUACACUGGUUAUUACAACGCCGGUGGUAAUCGGGUGCCAAUGGUUUUGAUUAUCAAAUGCGGUACUCCCGAGGAGCGUCAAGGUCCAAAGCCGGGAAAUCGUGGUAAACGCGACUCUCAAUUGAUCUUGAUGAGAUGGCUUCGUCACAUUUGUUUCAACGAUGACAUGUGUCCAUUGGAAUACGAACUGUUCGAAAGAGUGCACAAGUUGACUGGUGUGACGCCUGACAAGUAUGAAAUGAUAUUGAUGGUUGACGCUGACACGGUUGUAAAGCCGGAUAGUGCUAGUCAUCUGGUGGCGGCUAUGGAGAGCGAUCCUACGAUCCUCGGAAUGAGCGGUGAGACGAAAGUGGCGAACAAGACUGAAAGUUGGGUUACCAUGAUUCAGGUGUUUGAAUAUUACAUCUCUCACCAUCUUGGAAAGUCAUUCGAGUCCGUCUUUGGUGGAGUUACUUGCUUACCGGGAUGUUUCUGUAUGUACCGAAUCAAAGCACCGAAAAGCGAUGGCUAUUUCGUACCGAUUCUUGCAAACCCCGACAUUGUCGAUGCGUACGCGUCAAACGAUCUAGAAUCUUUACACCGCAAGAAUUUGUUAAUUCUUGGUGAAGAUCGUUUCCUGACAACGUUAAUGUUACAGACCUUCCCCAAACGCAAAAUCAUCUACGAGCCCAAAGCCAUCUGCAAGACGGUCGUACCGGAUAAAUUCAGCGUUUUGCUCUCUCAAAGACGGCGUUGGAUCAACUCGACCAUUCACAGUCUUAUGGAACUUGUCAUUACGCCUUACCUGUGUGGAUUCGCCUGCUGCUCUAUGCAAUUCUUUUUGCUUUUGGACCUGUUUGGAUCUGCCGUGACGCCCUUCUCUGUACUGGUCGCAUUAUAUUUGAUAAUUGUGGGCGUAUUGGGACAGAACGUCAGUGCGCAGUUAGAGUUUCUUGGAGUAGUAUUACUCUUACCGUCAUUAUUGCUUGUGGUUUCUUCACGCAAGGCCUCGAACAUCUUGUGGAUGAUGGCAUAUAUCUUGGCUUUUCCGAUCUGGAAUUUCGUUCUCCCGGUCUAUGCAUACUGGCACUUUGAUGAUUUCUCAUGGGGUGCUACUCGUAAGAUUUCGGGAGUUGACAAUGGUCACGGAGAUGGAGAUACAGAAAAAAUAGAAGCUAAACCAGUGCCGAUGAAGAAAUGGCACGAAUGGAAGAUGCAGGAAAAAACGCGAACGUUGCUAAAGCAUUAUUCAGGUUUUGUAUCAACAAAAGCCGCGUCUAUGCCCAAGAAGGCUCCGUCACCGGGCAUUGCAAAAUCAAAUAGUUUACGGACGCUUAGGAGAAACAAGGACAACGACGACAAUAAUAAUACACGACGAGCAACUCGCAGUACUUUGUGCUAA